GGAGAGCGCUUCCUGGGCCGCCCACGCCGCGCCGCCCCCGUCUCCGCUCCCGUUGUUUGCAGGAGAGUCCCGCUGCGACCUGGAGACGCCGCCGCCGACGCCGCCUCUCGCGAACUUGCCAGGUUUGCAGCAUGGAGCAGCUGGCGAGUGCAAACGCUCAUUUCGCCCUGGAUCUCUUCCAAAAGUUCAGGGAAGCCGACCCGACAGGCAACAUCUUUUAUUCCCCUCUCAGUAUCUCCACUGCCAUCGCCAUGGUCUUCUUGGGGGCCAGGGAGAACACAGCAAAGGAACUAGCAAAGACAUUUCAUUUUGAUGAUAUCGAGGACCUUCACUCAAGGUUCCAAAAGCUCAAUGCCCAGUUUAACCGGAGUGACGCCCCCUAUAUAGUGAAGGUUGCUAAUCGGCUCUACGGUGAGAAGACCUACAACUUUUUGCAAGACUUUUUGACCAGCACUCAGAAAAAUUAUGGCGCUGAGUUGUCUGCAGUGGAUUUUCAAAAUGCUCCUUCUGAAGUCCGAAAGGAGAUUAACCAGUGGGUCGAAGAGCAGACUGGAGGUAAGAUCCUUGAGUUGUUGCCGGAAGAUUCACUGAAUCCAAUGACCAGACUUGUUCUGGUGAAUGCCAUCUACUUUAAAGGCACCUGGGUAGAGCAGUUUAAAGAAGAGGAUACAGAAGAGAAGCCUUUCAGACUCAAUAAGAAGGAAAAGAAGACCGUGAAGAUAAUGUACAUGAAAAAGAAGCUUCCUUUUAGGUACAUCCCUGAAUGCAAAUGCCGUGUCCUGGAAUUGCCUUACAAGGGGAAGGAACUUAGUAUGGUUAUCCUGUUGCCUGACGACAUUGAAGAUAACUCCACUGGCCUGGAACAGCUGGAGAAGGAGCUCACCUUUGCAAAGCUCCAAGAGUGGACGCAGGCAAGAGAGAUGUCUUCCUCCCGUAAAGUUCACGUGCGUCUCCCUAAAUUUAAGCUGGAAGAGACCUAUGAUCUUAAGUCGAGUCUAUCAGCCUUGGGGCUACAGGAUGUCUUCGACAGCCACAAGGCCGACCUGUCUGGGAUGUCGGGAUCCCGGGACCUCCAUGUGUCCAAAAUUGUCCACAAGUCGUUUAUAGAAGUGAACGAAGAAGGCACAGAAGCUGCAGCAGCGACCGCUGGGAUGAUAAUGUUGAUGUGCAUGCCUGUCGAAGAAGAGUUCAAUGCGGACCACCCUUUUCUGUUCAUCAUCCGCCAUAACCCGACGCAAAGUAUGCUUUUCUUCGGAAGAGUUGCCUCUCCGUAAAAAGUAAAACAAAUGGUGGAGCCGUAUAGUAGAGUUCCCCAAACUAGUUAUGCUUAGCUUGAUUGAGGGAGAAGGGGAAGAUCUUUUACUCGCUGUACAAUCCUAUGUGAAGGUACCCCGGUCUUAAGUCCACUGCUCUCACUGGCUGAGGUGGAAGUAAGUCUGCCUGGGAUUGCAUAGCAAAACACUGGAUUUCGCUUCAGCUUGGAUCCUCUUGUGCUUUCUCUUGCUGAUUCUGUUAGGGCAUUUUAACACUGGGUCACAGUCCUGUAGCCAGGGUUUUGUGGUUUGUGGGGCAAAUUUUUUUUCUGGUGGGGCUGCCAUUUUUUUUCCCAAAUAAAAAAUAAAAUAGUGUCUGUAAAUAACUACUUCCCUGUGCAGGGAUCCCUCGAAGCUGUGGAGUCCUGU